UGAAGAAAUCUUGAAGAACAUGAACCCCAACGAGUCGCCUUGUGAUGACUUCUACGAAUAUGCUUGUGGAAAUUUUAAAUACCAUCAUCAACCUGGCAAAUCUCAACUCACUACGAAUCAAUUUAGAGUACUUGAAAGAAAGACAAAUAAUCUUCUUCAAGAUAUUCUUUCUCAGCCGAUCAUAGAUGAAGACAUCGAAUCUUUGAAGAAAGCAAAACUGGAGUAUCAAUCGUGUAUAGAUAAAGGUACGAUAAAUCCUCCAUUGUGACAAUUAAAAAUAAGAAUUCUGAUAAAAGAAGGAACUCUUAAGUGAAGUGAAAACCCCGCCAAAUCAGUCGAUUCGAUUAAGACACUUUUUUCUAAGGGUAUUGGAUAGAAUCGUUUGAAACUUUGGUGCAUAAUUCGUGAGCACCAAGGAAUCAUCCUGACACUUUCAAAAUUAGGAUUUUUGAAAACAAUUUUUUAAC